AUGUACAGAAUAGAUGUUUCAGAUUUUUAUGACUUCCAAGCAUUCAGAAAUAUGUGUCCAUUUCGAGACUAUAACAAAGCAGUCGAGAAUUUGAAACGUUUAGUCAUUUAUGUCGACUCUGCCCCAGAAUGUUAUGUCAUGAAAGAAUGGGAUGUUGUCUUUAACAAACCAAGAGCAACAAUAGUUUCAGAACAAGAAUGUAGACAGAAACUUAAGAAAAUAAAAGUCGUACAAGUUGGCAUGAAGAUGUUAGAUGCUUGGGAUAUCUUAUUGUCAAAGUUAGAAGAUUUUUCAGUUCGAGGUAUAAAGUUCUAUACACCUUCUCCAAACUUCUAUUCUAUCUUCACUGGAUAUAAAUACGAACAAGUAGAAUGGAAAGAAAAUGUUAUAGAAGCUUGGUUAGACCAUGUCAAAGAAAUUAUAUGCAAUGGAAACGAAAAGGUUUAUGAGUAUAUCUUAUGUUGGUUUGCAAACAUCUUACAACAUCCAAGUGCUAAAAAUGAAACUGCUCUCAUUAUAAUUGGAAAACAAGGA